AGAACACAGACAGAACUGUCAGAAGAACUUUUGCAGUGGAGACUGGAGUUUGUUCGCUCGCGCUUGGAUACUUUUAUUUCGUUGUUUUUUAAUGAUAAUUAAGAUUUAGUAGAAUUAUAUCAAGUGUUACAAUGAGCUCUAAUUCACAACCAACUGCUAAGUCAAAUCCUGCAACAUCGCAGCCAGUCACAACAGAGUACAGCAUAAGAGUUCCAAAGGAUGGUAAAAAAAAUCACCAUGUGAUGCGUUUUAAUGGAAACUUGAAGGUUGAUUUCAAAGAGUGGAAGGGAAAGUCAGUCAAAAUGGAAAGAGAAAAUAAUUUGAGGAGUUUUAAGGAAUUAGAUGAGGAUAUUCCAAAAUUUGGUGCAGGGUCUGAAUUUGGUCGAGAAGCCAGGGAAGAAGCGAGAAGGAAAAAGUAUGGUGUUGCCAGUAAGCAGUACAAGCCAGAAGAUCAGCCUUGGUUAUUAAAAAUCGAUGGAAAAAAUGGCAAGAAAUUCAAAGGCACUCGUGAAGGCGGUGUCAGCGAAAAUGCAGCCUACUAUAUUUUCACACAUAGCGCUAAUGGUAUCAUAGAAGCCUUUCCAUUGAAAGAAUGGUACAAUUUCCAACCUGUACAAAGGUAUAAAGCUUUAACUGCCGAGGAAGCUGAGGAAGAAUUCAGCAGAAGAAACAAGGUUAUAGACUAUUUUUCUUUAAUGAUGAGAAAAAGGCUGCGCAACGAGGAAGAAGAGGGAGAAGACGCGGAGCGCAAAGGCGAGAAGGGCAAAAAGCCUGGCAAGAAGAACAAGGAUUUCAAAAUUUCAGAAAUGGAUGAGUGGGUAGAUGAUGACGAAGACGACAAUUCUGAUAGCGAUAAAGAGGCUGAUUCUGAAGAUAAUGGAAAAAAUAAAAAUAAGAAGAAAAAAGGUCCGCAAAAAAAGAAAAAGAAGCAUGCAUCUGAUAGCGAAGCAUUUGAAGAAAGUGAUGAUGGGGAUGAAGAAGGAAGGGAAUGUGAUUACAUAUCGGACUCUUCGGCUUCAGAGUCUGAACUCGAGUCUCAGAAAGAAAUAAAAUCUGUUGCUGAGGAAGAUGCUUUGAGAAAAUUGUUGGCGUCAGAUGACGAGGAAGACGAGGAAGAAGAAAAGAAGGACGAUGAGGACAAAAACGAGGACGAGGAUGAGGAAGGCAAGGAAAACGAUGAUAAGGAGAAAGAAAAACCUACUAAAAGUAAGGAAAAAUCCAAAGAUAAAAAGAAGAAGGAUGGUUCUGACUCUUCGAGUGAAGGUGAAAAUGCAGCUGCUCAAAGCAAAGAUGACAAAAAGCCAACGAGCACGCAAAGUUCGCGAUCCGCGACACCGACUGCUCCAGGGCCAAGCACAUCGGAAUCCCUUAAGAGGCCCGCUCCCAGUACUUCUGACGUGCCACCGAUCAAAAAAACAAAACCCGAGAACAAUUACAUUUACUCCUCAGCAUCCAGUUCAGGUGAUUCUAGAACAAUAACGGAAGAAGCUGUGAGACGUUAUCUUAUGAGGAAACCCAUGACGGCGAGGGAACUUUGUCAGAAAUUCAAGAGAAAAUCCGGUCUUUCUUCUGAACAACUUGUUGAAAUCAUGACUAAGGUUUUGAGGAAUAUCAAUCCCACGAGCCAAAAGAUUAAAGAGAAGACAUACUUUUCAAUCAAAGUCGAUCCAAAACAGCUGCAACAACAGAGCAACUGAGAUACCUUGUAA